AGAGGGAGAGAGUGUGCAAGUCAGGAGGGAUUAUUCAGUAUUGCUACAUUCCCCUACUAAUCUUUAGUAAGCAGUUGAUGAAGAAAUGGGAGAAAAACAUGCCAUACUUAACCAAGGGGAAGAGAAUGAAAUGGAACUAUUUGGUUACAAAACUGAAAGAUGGCGAAGUAUCCUGUGUCUAAUUGGUUAUAUCUUUUCACUGGGGUUCCUGAAGCUUCUCUUCUAUUGGAAGCCAGAGCUGGAUGUAUGGUGUCAUUGUGUCCCAUGUAGUUUAGCAAAAGCUGAUGUUGUUUUGCUCAAAAGCACUGAUGAUCUUAAACAGUACAUAAAAAAACAGGUGAUUGUGAUCCAACCUACUAUUAUGGGAGAAAAACCAUGUCAUCAGCCUAUUCAAGAUGAAAAUUCAAUUUUCAAUAGAUCAAUAAUGAAGCCAGAAGGAAAGGUACGAUAUUUAGACGUUCAGAAAAUACGUUAUGUUUGGAUUCCUUCUAUAAGCAUGUUUAAAAAGAUUGGCAUACUAGAUGAGUCUCUCUCCUGUGCAGAUGUUCACACAAAGUAUGGCUUUGGUUUAAGGAAAGAAGAACAAGAUAUAAGACGACAGAUAUGUGGAUUCAACUCAAUUACAGUGAAGGUCAUUCCAAUCUGGAAACUACUUUUCAGAGAGGUUUUCAACCCAUUUUAUGUUUUUCAAGUUUACUCUUUAAGCAUAUGGAUUGCUAUAGCAUACUAUGAAUAUAGCUUAGCUAUUUUAUUGAUGACUUUCUUGUCCAUUUCUGCAACUGUAUAUAAUCUAAGAAAGCAAUCUGUCAAACUACACAAAAUGUCUUCAUUCAAUAGCAGCAUUAUGGUUACAGUGCUUCACAAAAAUGGAGAGGUUGAAGAAGUGCAGUCCCAAUCUUUGGUCCCUGGAGAUGUUAUUGUACUAGGUAGAAACAAACUUUUUCUGCCAUGUGAUGCCAUAUUAUUAAGUGGUGGAUGCACUGUGAAUGAAGCAAUGUUAACUGGAGAAAGUAUUCCAGUGACAAAAACACAUCUUCCAAAUAUUGACAACUCCAUUCCAUGGAUGGCACACAGCGGUGAUGACUAUAAGAGACAUGUGCUGUUUUGUGGAACUGAAGUGAUCCAGACAAAGGGAAAUGGGCAAGAUCUUGUUAAAGCUGUUGUCCUACAAACGGGAUUUAAUACAGCAAAGGGAGAUCUUGUAAGAUUUAUUCUCUACAACAAGCCUAUUAAUGUGAAGCUGCACAAAGAAGCUCUCAGGUUUUUAUCAGUGCUUGUCUGUGUGGCUGUGUGUGUGGUCAUCUAUACUGCAAUUGUGUUCAAAAUGAAUGGGGCCAGUGUACAUGAUAUAGUACUGAUGUCAUUUUUGGUGCUAACAGCAACUGUGAAUGCUGCCCUUCCAGCCACCAUUACACUUGGUCUUCUUUAUGCACAAACAAGACUGAAGAAACUCGGUAUAUUCUGCAUUAGUCCUCAAAGGAUUAAUUUAGCUGGGCAAUUAAAUCUUGUAUGUUUUGACAAAACAGGCACUUUAACAGAAGAUAUCUUAGAUUUAUACGGCACACUUCCUUGUAAUAACAGCAGGUUCCAGGAUAUGAAUUUGCUUAAAAGCUCUAAUAAUUUGUCCUGGGGCCUAGUUCUUCAGGCUAUGACUAGCUGCCAUUCCUUAAUCAAGAUGGAUGGGAAAAUAAAUGGAGAUCCACUGGACUUGAAAAUGUUUGAAGGGACAGGAUGGGAACUUCAAGAUUAUCAAGCUAAAAUUGUAGAAGAUGGGCCACUGAUCACUUGCACAAUAGCAAAACCUGGAUCUAAAGCAGUAAAGAUACCCGUGGAAGGCAUCAUCAUUCUACAUCAGUUUCCAUUCUCCUCCACUGUGCAGCGUAUGUCAGUGAUCACUCAGGUUAUCGGAGAGAGUGACCUAACAGUGUUUAUGAAAGGAGCUCCAGAAAUGGUUAUCCGUUACUGUAAACCGGACACAGUUCCAGACAAUUUUUAUAAGCAACUUGAUCUCUACACAAAGCAAGGCUUUCGCGUAAUAGGACUGGCAUAUCGAUCUCAACAAAAGGAGGGACUGCCACAUACCUCCGACCUAGAAAGGGAAGUUGUGGAGACCAACCUUAUAUUUCUUGGAUUACUGGUCCUAGAAAAUCGUCUAAAGCCAGAGACAAGUUCUGUAUUAAAGGAACUAAGUGCAGCCAACAUAAGAACAGUUAUGGUUACAGGUGAUAACCUUCAGACAGCUGUGACAGUUGGGAAAAAUUCUGGGAUGAUACCUGACAACAGUGACAUCAUCCUGCUAGAAGCCUGUGAACCUGAAAAAGAUUUACCUGCAUCACUUACCUGGAAUACCAUGGAUGAGGAACAAGUUGAUGGGAACCCAUCAAAAUCAAAAGAGUCAAAAAUAAACCUUGAUGGUGGAUGGAUUAAUAACCCCACUGCUCAUGGAAAUUUUCAUUUUGUGUUAUCUGGAAGGUCCUACCAGGUUAUAAGUCAAUAUUUUUACCACUUGCUGCCAAAAAUAUUACUGAAUGGAACCAUUUUUGCCAGAAUGAUGCCAAAACAAAAGUCCAACCUUAUUGAAGAACUUCAAAAAUUAGAUUACUUUGUUGGAAUGUGUGGAGAUGGAGCAAAUGAUUGUGGGGCACUUAAAAUAUCCCAUGCUGGAAUUUCGUUGUCAGAAUUAGAAGCAUCUGUUGCUUCACCUUUCACUUCCAAAAUUCCAAAUAUUCAAUGUGUACCAAUGCUCAUAAAGGAAGGAAGGAAUACUUUGGUUACAACGUUCUCUAUCUUUAAAUUCAUGACCAUGUUCAUCUUUGUUAGUCUAACUUGCGAAGCAUAUCUAUUCUGGAAACAAACCCUUCUUGGAAAAUAUCAAUACCUAUUACAAGAUUUGGCAAUCAAUAUUACAGUUGCCUUAACUUUAAGCUUGAAUGGUCCAGCACCAAAGCUCACUCCAUACAGACCUCCAGGACAGCUUCUUUCUCCUCCAUUAUUAUUGUCCAUUGCUAUGCACUUUAUCUUCACUGUGAUUGUACAGACAACUGCUUUCGUCCUACUUCUGCAACAGCCAUGGUACAAUGAAACAGAUGUCUUCAGUGCCUGUCUACCAUUAAACAAUAGCAUGGAAAAUGUUACCAUAAAAGAACAUCGGUAUGCAGAGAACUUCAUCGCCACAACAAUGUCCCCUAUAACCGGAUUCAACCUUAUUAUUCUAGAGUUUGUCUUCUCCAAAGGACGGCCAUUCAGACAGCGUUUAUAUACUAACUAUCUACUUACCUGUUUGCUGAUUGUGCAAGUGACAGUUUGGGUGUUUGUGUUGUUUGCUGACAUUGAAGAUAUGUACACUGUUCUGGAGCUGGUGUGUACCCCGUAUUACUGGAGAGUGAACAUCUUUAUCAUGAUGGUUGUUUUAUUUAUCAUGUCGUACAUUGGAGAGGAAUUGUUCAUUGAAAACCGAAAACUGUGGCUCUGGUUUAAGAGAAUAUUCAACUACAAAUCAAAAAGUCAGUAUAGGAAACUACAGAGGAAACUGCAGAAAGAUUCUGAGUGGCCUCCAAAUAACAGGACAGACUAUGCAAUUCAGACUGUUCCCGUAAAGAGCACUGAUAUCGUUUACAGUAAGCCCAAUUACAGCAACUCACCACAUGGGAAAGAAGUGAUUUCAGAACAUACAAUUGUAACAGCCAUGUGAGUGCGGAAAUUAAAGACUUUUCAAAUCCCAA